AUGGCUGCCCCGCUAAAGCUCCAAACUUACGUACCUGCGAUGAGGAAACAAUUUCUUGCGUUGACAUUACGAAGAAACGCUCACCAGAAGAUUGUUACCGGACAAGAAAGUUGCACCAAUCCUCCUUCGCGGGGUCUCGUUUUAGGUGUGUAUAGCGAUGAAAAUGAUCGGAAUGAUAUUGGCCUGUUGACCCCAACUGCUGCUAAGUACAACGAGCACUACACCAAUGGGUUACUGCUGGACUUGCUACACAUUGCUGGUCCUAUGCCAAGGAGAGGAGAAACGAGAAUAUUCUAUAACCUUGAGCCGACCUACUCCGCUGUCGCCGUGUGCGGGCUUGGAAGCGAAUGUCUCGGAUAUGAUAAGGUGGAGAAGCAAGAUAUAUCAAAGGAAGCCAUCCGCAUAGCAGCAGCUACCGGGUGUCAGGAGUUGCAGAAAUUGGAAACUAAUCGAAUUUACGUAGAAGACAUGGGUCACGCUGAAUCAGCAGCGGAAGGGGCACACAUGGGCCUGUGGGUAAAUCAGGAAUUGCGAAAUCCCGACCGCCGUGUGUUCAUCCCGCAGUUGCAGCUCUACUACGAACCGCAAUUACCAUGUGAUUCUGAUGGCUGGCGUAUCGGAUUAGCUAAAGCAGAAGCUCAAAACUUAGCGCGUCAAUUGCAAGAGGCACCGGCAAAUCACAUGACUCCGACCACAUUCGCUCAAAACGUGGUGCAAAUCCUUUGCAACUCCGGAGUGAAUGUAGAGGUAAAAGUUCGAAGUUGGGCUGAAAGUCAAGGUAUGACUUCCUUUUUAACGGUUGCCAAAGGCUCCUGCGAGCCGCCAAUAUUUUUGGAGCUAAGCUAUUAUGGCACAAAUCCGAAAGAGCGACCAAUCGUUCUUAUUGGCCAGGGAAAUACCUAUGAUAGUGGUGGCAUAUGCGCCAAAAAAUUACACGCUCUUCGUGAUAUGCGAGGUGAUAUGGCCGGUGCUGCCUGUAUUGUGGCGACAUGCCGAGCAAUAGCAGCUUUGAAACUGCCGGUUAACAUUCGUGCAUUAAUCCCACUGUGUGAGCAUAUGAUCGGUUGUAAUGCUAUGAAACCUGGCGAUGUUGUGAUGGUAAAAAACGGAAAAAGCAUUGAAAUCGUCGAUGCUGAUUAUGAAGGUCCGCUGGUUUUAGUGGAUGCUCUACUCUAUGCGGAAAGUUUUGGCCCAAAAUACAUUGUAGAUGUGUCCACUAUUUCUGAUCACGUGCUGGAAGCUUUUGGAACGAUUUGCAGUGCGGUCUUUACUAACUCGGAAGACCUCUGGCAACGCAUCAAGAAUGCUGGCAUUCAUACCGGGGACCGACUUUGGCGCCUUCCGCUGUGGGACUAUUUUACGCAACAGAUGUGUUCGGGCCAGCAUGUGGACGUGCAAAACUUUGGCAGAGGAGUGGGCGGCGAAUCCUGCAAAGCCGCCGCGUUUCUUAGAGAGUUUUUACCUUGUGGCCAAUGGAUGCAUAUCGAUGCGUACAACGUGAUGACAACAAAAGGAAACGAUUUUCCAUAUUUGCGCAAGGGUAUGGCGGGCCGUCCAACGAGAACUCUUAUUGAGUUCAUAGCUCAAGCCUGCUGUCCGAACAAAUGUAGCCAGUAUAAGUAG